GCAAAUAAUUUAAAACGGAGAGAGUCUAAUAAUAUCCCAACCUGUCUAUAAAGCUUAUUCAUGCAUCAAAGAGAUUAAGCAAACAUUAAUAACAAUAUAAUACUCGUAUUGAAGUUAUGAAAUCGCCUAUUGCUCUCAUCCUAAUUUUUUCUCUUGCCCUGUACACGGAUGCAAGAAAAGACCCUGGAGAAUAUUGGAGAGAGGUGAUGAAAGAUGAGCCAAUGCCUAAAGCAAUUCAACAUCUUAUGCCUCGAUCACAUAAAGAGAAAAGUGAUUGUCACAAAUCAUCUUUCGGGCCAAGGCCAAAUGCAUCUAGUUAUCAUGCUGACGACGUUGGUGUCAAACAAGAAAGAGAUUUCGAGCCAAGGCCAAAUGCAUCUAGUUAUCAUGAUGAUGACGUUGGUGUCAAACAAGAAAGAGAUUUCGAGCCAAGGCCAAAUGCAUCUAGUUAUCAUGAUGAUGACUUUGGUGUCAAAAAAGAAAAAGAUUUUGAGCCAAGACCAAAUUUAUCUACUUAUCAUGAUGGUGACAUUGGUGUCAAACAAGAAAAAGAUUUUGAGUCAAAGCUAAAUAUAAUUGGUUACCAUAAUGAUGACGCUGGUCUCAAAUAAGAAAAAGAUUUCAAGCCAAGACCAAAUAUUAUUGUGUAUUAUGAUUGAUAAUAUGAAAUAUAAAUAGUACUAUGUGUGUUGUUUCUU